AUGGCUUCAGCUUGGGAAAAAUUCAAAAUCCGAGUCUGGGGAACAGAUCCCAAGGAUCGCGCUCUUGUUUCCAAACUCGAUGUGACCCUGCUACCGUAUUUUUCCUUGAUUUGGUUCCUGUUCGGCGUUACCCGAGCCAGCUAUUCCUCCGCUUAUAUUAGCGGUAUGAAAGAGGCAUUGGGAUUCAAGGGGAAAGAGUACAAUUAUAUGAGCACAGCUUAUUUGGUUGUUUAUGCCGUUUGUCAGAUGCCGGGAACAAGUCUCUUGACCAUCGCGCGGCCCAAGUACAUAUUCGUGACAGCAAAUGUGUCUUGGAGUGUCUUGACUCUGAUCACAUACAAGAUGACCCAUGCGUACCAGGUAAUUAUCUUGAACGCGAUUGAAGGAGGCUUCUCCGCUAUUGCAUAUGUGGGCGCGCACUUCAUCCUAGGAUCUUGGUAUAAGAAAUCUGAACUUGGCAUAAGAGCUGCCGUGUUUUGCGUGUUUGGUCAACUAGGCACAAUGUCUGGAAGCUGGAUUCAAGCCGGUCUACUGGAAACAUUAGCAGGGAAGGGUGGCCUUCCUGCAUGGAAAUGGAUCUUCAUCAUCGUGUCAGUGAUGACUAUACCAGUUGCUCUAUUCGGCUGGGUAUUUAUUCCCGAUCUACCAUCACAUCGCGCGGCCUGGUACCUAAAUGACGAAGAGAAGGACCACGCAAUAGCACGCUUGGGCGUUCUUCGGAAGCAUUCGUGGGAUUUAACUGUAUUCAAACGCGUCCUUUUGAGCUGGCAGUUCUGGCUCUUGCCUUUCAUCUUUAUGCUUUACUCCCUUUGUGUGCAAUCCCUACAGAACAAUGUCAUGGCAUACUGGAUGGCAUCUCGAGGGUACACAGUAAUCCAGCAGAACAACUACCCGACCGGCAUAUCUGCGGCAGCCAUUCUAGGCACAGUGGCCUAUGCUAUGAUUUCCGACAAGCUACAAUCUCGCUGGGAGGUGUCGAUCGCAAUAGGACUAACCUUUGUAAUUGGCUCCGCAAUUCUCGUCUCAAGCCCAUCAACGGACGCUGGAUACUUCGUAGCAUUCUAUCUUCUCGGCACCACUUUCGCACCUCAAGCAGUGUGGUACUCGUGGAUGGCGGACGUGACAGGCCAUGAUUUCCAGCUUCGGGCUAUCACAACAGGAUUCAUGAACUCGUUCGACUUUUGCUUUGUUACCUGGUGGCCACUGAUCUUCUACCCUGCAACCGCUGCACCGAACUUUCAUAAAGGUUAUAUUGCAAGUCUUGUGACGGGGUCGUUGACACUUCCGUUCAUUGGCUUGAUUGCGUAUCUCGAGAAGAGAGAUAGAGCACGCGGUGUUAUUGGGAGGCUAGAGGCUCAUGAGGUUAUCAGUGAUGAAGAUGAUACUGUGCAAGCAGAUGGGCAGAGUAAACCAGUCAAUGUGCGCACGGAAGAACUUACUGUUUAA